AUGGAUAUUAACUCGCUACUUUCACCACAAGAGUCAGCUGCGCAGUCGCGCCAGUCGAAUACCCAAGCACGUUCCAACAACAAGAGCAACGCAUCGGCGAACUCGGGCCAGACGUCGAAUACUUCGCCUCAGAAACCACGAAGAGGCCGCGCCGCAGGGUCAAAAUACAGCUCUGGUCCAUCACCGGUCGCUCGGCAAGCUCUUAAGUCUCGAUUGCCCGACCGAGCCCCAAACACGCCUGCAAGCUCCAAUAACCAAGGUAAUUUGGCGGGCAAAGGCAAUGGAUCAAUGACGGCCCUAGCAGAGGCGGCUGCCCUUCAAGGUCAAAGCCAGUCUCAAAGCCAAAGUCAUCCUUCUCACAACCAGAAAGGAAAUCAAACUGUCUAUGCAAACAUGUCGAUCUCGCCCAUCUAUCCUAAUCCAAAACCGGUCAAACUGGUGCAGAAUCCACCACGUGCUCCAGAACCCCGAGAGUAUGUGAAGCGCAACUUUUCCCAGUCGUCCUUGCCCCCGGAGGCCCAGCAACAGGCCAAUCAGUUGUGGAGUCAUAUCCAGGCGAACCCUCAUUCGUACGAGUCACAUGUCCAGUUCAUUCAGCUUCUCCAUACUGGAUUCGUGAAUCAUGUUUACCCACCGCAUGAUCCUGACGCCCACGGCGAUCCAAGGACCUACGAUCUACUGAAAGACUUGCGCAGUGCUCGGGAGGACAUGGAUAAGCUUUUUGCUAUGGGUGAGGAUUUGUGGGUGGAUUGGAUUCAGGAUGAGACCAUGAUUGCACAAUCAGUCGACGAAAGGAUUGCUGUCAUGGAACUUUGUCGACGUGCCGUGGAUGAGGAGUAUGGAAGUACGAAGCUUUGGACGAUGUUUGGAGAAUGGAUGCUUUAUCUCUACAACUCCGCCAAUGGCCAAGCCGGCCAAAAUCAGUGGAGUGAAGAGGAUCGAAUAGUUGGUCGAGAAGUUUUCAACUGGCCAUCAGUGUUUCAGAUAUGGCAACGGGCAGCGGAGGCUACUAGAUGGCGCAUUCAUGACAGCCAUCUUGUUUGGUCAAAGUUCCUCGAUCUGUGUGUCCAGGAUGUCUCACAUUCUCAUUCCAACGAAAAGGCAGGACAGGUCCGAGCGGUCUUCGAGUCUCGACUACAGACUCCACAUGCCGCGUGGGACGAGAGUUUCCAAAUCUUCUCGGGUUUCAUCAGCCAAUAUUUCAAUGCGAACUACGAGGAGAUCAUGGCCAACACCGUUGCAAGAGCCGCAGACGCCAAGGCAAAUUAUGCGGCUCGCCAAGAUUUCGAACAAAAGGUGCAGAGGGCGCUAGAAUCAAAAGACCGCAAUCUGGAGUGGGCUGUGUAUUCAGAGUACAUUGAAUGGGAACUUCUGCAAGAUCCUCGUAAAAAUAUGUACAACCCUCAUCUGAUCAAUGCUCUGUAUCAACGAGCUCUCCUGCGCUUCCCCACCGAUGUGGCCAUGUGGGAGGAUUGUGUCAUGUUUCUGAUACAACCACCAGUGCCUGUGCCUCGUAAUGAAUUUGCACCUGUUCUCCCGACAAUUGAACGUGCCACAAGGCAUUGCCCGUGGUCAGGUUCGCUGUGGUCCCAAUGUCUGCUAGUUGCAGAACGUGAGGGUCUCUCAUUCGAUCAGAUUGUAGAGCUCAAGCACAGGGCUACAAGCACAGGCCUACUAGAUGCUGGCGGUCUCGAGGAGGUCAUCAAAGUUCACUCGAUGUGGUGCAGUUACCUACGUCGACGUGCAUUCCUGCCAGACGCCAUCGACGAAGACCUUGAUGUUGCGGAAGUAGGCAUCCGUUCUGCAAUCGAGAGAGUGCAAGAGCUCGGAGAAAACAAGUUUGGAAAAGCAUAUCAAGGAGAUCCCUACUUCCGCCUGGAGAGAAUCUAUACGCGUUAUCUGAGCGAAAGUGGGAGCUGGGAUAGUGCUCGCGAAUACUACAAAGGCUUAAUAGCUACUCGUGGAAAUAGCUAUGAAUUCUGGCUAGACUACUACAACUGGGAGAUUAUGUCUUGGCGUACCUUUGUCGAGGCUGCAAUGACGCCAGAAGCUGCUCGAAGGACUCCAAGCCCUAGCUACGCUACAGGUGUCUUGAAGCAAGCCAUCAGGCGACCGGAUCUAGAUUGGCCAGAGAAGAUUAUGAGCAAGUAUAUUGCACAUUGCGAGGAUUACGAGGAUGCCGAUGAACUUCAAGAAGCUCUUGUCGAGAUACAAAAGGCUAUGAAAGCAGUCGCGCGGAGACGACAAAAAGAGGCUCUAGAGCUUGCUGCCACCCAACAAUCUGCCGCGGCGAGUGCGGAAGCAGUCCAAGCAGUGGCAGCGCAGCAAAUAGAAUCGGAGAGUGGUGCUGCAGCUGCCGCUGCUACAAAACGCAAACGCGAGGAUGAUUCUUUAGAGACCACCGAAACACCUCACAAGAAGGCUCGCUCGGAAACGAUAUCAAACAGUCACGAGGAGCAAGUAGAGUUGAAGAGGGACCGCGAGCAUUCCAGCGUCAUGGUCAAGCGCAUGCCUUCAGACGUCACUGAGUCUCAGAUUCGACAAUUUUUCCGUGACUGCGGACCUAUCAACGAUAUUAAAUUCUUGCCCUCCGAGCAUGACUUUGCUACGGCGAUUGUCGAGUUUGAUUCCAAAGAAGACGCUGCUGCUGCUUUGACUCGUGAUCAGAAGCGUAUCAAUGGCCAAACUGUGGAUGUUGAAAUGGGUAGUGGCUCGACAGUCUAUGUCACUAACUUCCCUCCGACUGCCGAUGAAGCCUUUAUCAGAAGUCUGUUUAGCGUGGCUGGAGAAAUAAUUGAAGUUCGAUUCCCCUCUCUCAAGUACAAUACACAUCGCCGAUUCUGCUAUGUUCAGUUCAAGUCAGCCGAUGAAGCUAUCGCUGCAACCAAGCUGGAUAACAAAGUUGUCGGCGACGGACUCAAUCUGCAAGUCAAGAUUUCCGAUCCUUCGGCACGGCAAGAUCGCCAUGGACCCAUCUACGAAGAACGAGAAAUUCAUGUUUCCAACAUUCAUUUUGAUGCUCGUGAAAACGACCUCAAAGAACUCUUCUCCAGGUAUGGAACUAUCGAAACUGUGCGGAUUCCUAGCAAAGUGAACGGCGAACAUCGCGGAUUUGGUUUCAUAGUUUUCUCCAAAAAGGAGGAGGCAACUGCGGCUCUUGCUAUGCACAAACAGGAAUUCCGUGGGAGACCACUACAAGUGAAAGUUUCUACACCUGCACCCGUCAAACGAGCGGCCACCGUAAUCACUCCGAAAGCGCGAUCAGAGUCGGCGGAACCGACAAAUUCGGAAGGUCAAAGAGCAGCCGAUGACCGUGCAGCCCGAACGCUAGGAUUAAUGAACAUCCCCGACACAGUGAACGACAGCCGUAUCCGAGCGAUAACUGAGCCAUUCGGCCCGCUUGUCAAGAUUGUGCUACGACCUGACCGCGAGGGAGCAAUUGUCGAAUUCGUCGAUAUCAAGUCAGCAGGCAGAGCUUCAUUAGAACUGGAAGGACAUGAAAUUACUCCUGGUUGGCACAUUCAAGUAGGUACUGCUAACGACGUGUUGAAGCGGAACGCAAGUUCGGUUUCCGGUCCUGCUAAACCUAAAACUACUGGAACUUUGAUGCCUCAGGUCGGCGGCCCUAUCAAGCGUCCAACACAGCCAGGAGUCGGACGUCGGGGUGGACUUGGAUUCAAACGUGGUGGAAGUGUAGCGUCUGCUCGCAGCGAUGAGCAGCAUGAAAAGCGCGAAGGAGCGACAGAACAGAAGUCGCAGAAGACGAAUGAUGAUUUCCGGGCUAUGUUCAGCAAUGGGAGACAGUAAACUGCUCUUUUCAUAUAAGACACAUGCUCUCAUUUUCCUCCUUUCCUCUAUUAUCAACUACGAAAAGUCUCAUCUGAUGCUAUGACACACCAGCUGGCAUGCUGGGCCUCAUUAGGUGGGUUACUCUUAUAAUGCUUUUCUUUGCUUUAUGAUCUGAAAAUUUAUAGAGACGAUGUAUAGAUUAGUCACUAUUAAAUGCUUCUUGUACGUCUCUAAUCUGAUACAUGGCCUCAAAUAUCAUCUUCUAGGGUGGAAUGCCCGUUAGAUUAGAAUGGCAAUGAAAUGUGACAUUAACU